AUGGAUAGAUAUGAUGCCGGGAUGCCGGAUAUUUUAGAGAAUCUCAGUCAGACGAGAGAUUUUGAGAUAUCGCGCAUAUCGAAGGAUCAAUCGUUCGUCAUCAGACUUCGCCGCGCCAGCCCGCUUCACCUGCAAUCGCGCUUCAAUGAACUCAAUUAUGCGUCUACCGAGACAUGGGCGUUUGAUGAGGCUUUCCAAGUCGAGUCAGUCACAGUCAUCCAAACUCAAUUUCGUGUUCCGGGCGCCUACCGAGACAUCAACGGCCUAUCCAACGUUGAUACUCGACUAGUGCUUUCACAGAAAUUUUGCAUCCACCGAGCUGCUCAUUACAGGGCGGCACGCGGCGAUGUUGAGUGCAUCGGUGCAAAAGUAAAUGCUGGUGCAAUCGCUAUUCACGCAAGCCUUUUGAAAUGGUAUGGUGUCGUCGAGAAAGCUUCCAGUGCAAUGACGGACGUUUCGUUUCCAGAAUUGGGAAGUCUUUGCAUAUUCCCCUUGGCAGAAGGCCGUCAAAUCUCACAAGGCCGCAUCCUCGUUCCCACGAGGCAUUUGGCGUCAAGCGAGGGUUCUGAAGAAGACGGUCGUCUGCUGAUCGACACUGCACCUAGUAAGCUGGUCCGAGUGGAGGACAAGAGGCCCAAGCGGGCGUACAAGGAUUUGUGUGAUGGAAGAUGCUGUACGACCGCCCGCGCAGAUGGAUGGAAUUACCGAGACAGCAUGAUGAUGCGGAUGUCAUUGUCACACUUGGGACGAUGCAGUCCAGUGGGAGGUGGGCGGUAUGCUGAGCUUCGAUGUGGUGAGCUUCAAGAGGCGCCUCUCCUGAAACUUUAUUUGAACUCCAGAUCUUGUUGGAUUAAGCAGAUUGGGUUGAUGGUGGGUGGGAGGGGAGCUGGCCCAACAAGGCCACGGUGGGCUUUGCAAUUGAUGAUUCUUGCUCCUACCAAUGGAAGUCGCAAUGGCCAUUUCGAGCAGGCGACUGGUUGCGACGCGAAUCCUUCCGAAGACGCCACGACUGAUGCCUGGAGGAACGAGGGUGACGAAGGCCUGACGAAGCUGGUGCUAUUUUGCGACACGAUCGGAAGUGUAGCACGGUGUGUCGGAACUCCACCGCUUGCCACAUUGGAUGCGGUCGCUUCCGAUCGCGAAGCAGUGUGCAGACUGCAAGCGACAGCGCCAUCACCGCCGUUCUCAGCGGGCUAUGCAAUAUCGAGCUCGGAUGGGGCGCAGUCGGAUGUAAUGUACACGGCCGUCGAUGCCGUCGACGACAUGAUGCGCAUUUCGCGUGCCGCCGUGGUCGUGCUCGUUGGCGGAGGCGAGAAGUCGCAAAGGGAUGGUAGGGAUUGUGCGGGAAGCGGCUUGGCGUCGGCAGCCAGAACUAGUCUCGCCAGGGCCUAUUCUGUAGGCCAGGAACGCUGCGUCCCACGAGCGUCUCAGCGGCCGCGACGCGGGCCUUCCGCAACGGACUCGAAAACGUAA